GUAGUCUACGUAGUCUGUGCACUCCGAAGUGUUUCGGAACUUUUCGGCUUUUUCCGCCUCCACUUCAUCCUACCUCCAUUUUGCUUUCGUGUGUAUGUGUGCGCGUGCAGGGACUGUAACCAGAGUGGAAACGGGAGCGCGAGCGGCUACACUUUAAAAUCGCAGAAGAAAUGGACGGCAUCAGUGAUGUUGCAGUAGGAGUGAAGAGAGGAUCUGAUGAGCUGAGUAUGUACAACAAUCCCAACUCUGGCAUGAGCAGUAUGAGUGAUGGAGCUUCCAAUGGUUCCAAUGGCAACGAUAGUAAGAAGCUAAAGGUGGACGAGGCCCCACCAUCGCGUGUGAUCCACAUCAGGAAGCUGCCCAAUGAGGCGUCUGACGCUGAAGUCAUCGCUCUGGGUCUGCCUUUUGGUAAAGUCACCAACAUCCUGACCCUAAAGGGAAAGAACCAGGCUUUCUUGGAGAUGGGGACAGAGGAGGCAGCCAUCACCUUGGUGAACUACUACACCACAGUCCCCCCACAUGUCCGCAACGUCCCCGUCUUUAUUCAGUUCUCCAAUCACAAAGAGCUCAAAACUGAUUCAAGCAAUCAGCGGACUCAGGCCAUGCUGCAGGCGGUGUCAGCAGUGCAGUCACCCAGCUCAGACUUGCAGGAGGUUCUUGCUGCAGCCCCCAGUCCUGUGCUUCGGAUCAUCAUCGACAACAUGUUCUACCCUGUAACGCUGGAUGUUCUGCAGCAGAUUUUCUCCAAGUUUGGCACGGUCAUGAAGAUAAUCACGUUCACCAAGAACAAUCAGUUUCAGGCUCUUCUGCAGUUCAGUGAUCCUAUUAAUGCACAGCACGCCAAGCUGGCACUGGAUGGCCAGAACAUCUACAACUCAUGCUGCACACUGCGUAUCGACUUUUCUAAGCUGGUCAACCUCAAUGUGAAGUACAACAACGAUAAGAGUCGGGACUACACCCGACCGGAGCUGCCAGCUGGUGACGGGCAGCCCAGUCUGGACCCCGUUGUGGCUGCUGCCCUCAGUAAAGAGUCCAGCUCCCUCCUCGGUAAGAUCCCAGGAGCUCUGAACCCUCUGAGUGCUGCAGCAGCAGCAGCUGCUGCUGCAGGGAGGGUGGUCCUGGCUGGGCAGGGGGGGUCCAGCGGGGUCCUGCUCGUAAGCAACCUCAACGAGGAGAUGGUUACGCCCCAAAGUCUGUUUACCCUCUUCGGAGUUUAUGGUGAUGUCCAGAGGGUGAAAAUACUUUACAAUAAGAAGGACAGUGCUCUGAUUCAGAUGUCUGACUCCAAUCAGGCUCAGUUAGCCAUGAGCCACCUGAAUGGCCAGAAGAUGUAUGGGAAGAUAAUCCGGGUGACGCUAUCCAAGCAUCAGACUGUGGCGCUGCCGCGUGACGGUCUGGAUGACCAGGGCCUCACCAAGGACUACGCCAACUCCCCUCUCCAUCGCUUCAAGAAACCUGGCUCCAAGAACUUCCAGAACAUCUUUCCUCCUUCAGCCACUCUUCACCUCUCUAAUAUCCCACAAGAUGUGACGGAGGAAGACCUGCGACUGCUCUUCUCCAACACAGGAGGCACCGUGAAAGCAUUCAAGUUUUUCCAGGAUCGUAAAAUGUCUCUGAUUCAGAUGUCAACGGUGGAGGAGGCCAUCCAGGCUCUGAUCGACCUUCACAACUACAACAUGGGAGGAAACCAGCACCUCAGGGUUUCUUUCUCCAAGUCCACAAUUUAAAAAUGCAACCCAGAGACUGCUGGUUGUUCUGGUUUAGAAAGGGCCGACUGGGAACAACAGGGGGACCACAUUGAUCCAAUCAGUUUGUUUUUUUCUGCAUUCUGUCAUUCCUUGAAAGGGACUGAAACUUUGACUUUUGUCAUGUUUUUCUUUAAAAAAGAACUGGAUCUCUCCUGCCAUGAACUGUAAUCUCCAUAUGUCAAACAGGAGACGUAUUGAUUGUCCCCCUGGUCUGAUCAUGUGUUUUUGAACAGAUAUCGUACUUCCGUGCCUUACUUGACAAGAUCAACUGUUCAACCAGCCUGACACCUCCUGGUGGUCCUCCUGAUGAGGCACAUGGGUAUAGAAUAUUUUUGUCUGUUUUCCACCAUCCCUGGGACAUUUUUCCAGACUGUCCAGCUGUAGCUUUGUUAGCUUCAGACCGAGGCAACAUGUCACUGCCAGUUUAACUUGCUCUCCUAUCUUACUGGACGGUAAGGUUUCUCCUCUGAAUGUGGUCAUGAAGUUUGUUUUUGAAGCGUUCCAUGCUUUUCUGCUAGCGGUGAGGUGUCGUCGUUGACCAUGUCUUUGAGGCAUGCAUAGUGAUGAUAGGAUGUGUUGCAUGCUGUGGAAGCAGUUCCAGUCCACUGUGAUGUCAUUGUCAUGUGACAGUUUACCUGAGAGGGCUACUCGGUUGGACCAAAGUUUCUGUGCCUUUAGUGUUUUUUUUUCUUUUGACUUUUGGGAAAAAACUUUUGGGAACCAUGUUAAACUGAGUUGGUCAGAAAAAUAUUUCUGUAUAUUUUUUCUUCCAGUCAGAUUUUCUACCGCUGAAAAUGAUUUGAUGUUCCAGUGAGGCCUGAUUAAAGGAUGAGGGGAGGUGCAACAUGCUUUCUUGCUUUUUGAGUGGUCCCUCUCAGCCUUGUGUAUUCUGCAUUACCUCUGUGGCAUGACUAAUAAAACUACUGUAGCUCCUCAUUCACCUUCUUUCUGUCACUUCUGAAGCCAACCUAAGUCCCAGGGUGGGAAGGAUGCCAAAAUCCAUUUUGGAGCCACUUAUAAACCAGUUGUAAUAAAGCUGAUUGAGUCCUGUGAUGGUGCUAAUUCAUAGGACUAGAACAUUUUCCCACCUGGCCAUCUGACGACAUCUACUCCUUUCUCCUUUGGUAGUAGCCUCUUCUCUAACCCGGCCAACGUCCUCCACACCAUUUGUGUGAUCUAUUUACUCUCUCAAAUCUUAUAUCCGUUGCAUGAAUUUGCUUGACUUUUCCAUGCUUUCUGCAUUUUUAUGCUUCUGGCAUCUUUGGAGCAUUGUUGAAAAACUGGUUUCAUUUAAAGGGUGACCCACGUGCAUGGGUUCCAUCAGAACAUUUAUCCUCCUUUGUAGUCUUUACAGCUCACCGUUCAACUGGUUUCAGGCCCAGAGUUCAUCCCCAAACAGAAUAACCAGCUACAAGAUGAAAAUGUAAAAUCUACCAAGAAAUAAUGAACAAUUAAAUAAGAACAAGCAGAGGUUUCCUCUCCUGGUGGCUGAGAUCGAGACAAAGAAGACUUCAAGAAGCAUUCUGCUGCAAAGAAUAAAGUCGCUGGCCCGAGUGACCCGAGUCACUGGCUGUUUACAA